CAUUCCUCAAUCUCCGCGGUGCGCCCCCGCGAAUUGCUGACGUCGACGCCCUCGAAAUCUCGCUCUCUCCGUUUCUAGACCUUCUCGGCUUCCCUCCUCUGUUUCGUGCAAGAAUCCAUGGCGGCUACGACGAUAGAUUGGCACGGCCGCAACGCCGCCUUGUAUGGCGUGCCGGACAGCAAGGAGCUGGUGCGCGCGCUGGCUCCGCCCAUGCAGCAGGCCCCGACCAUCUCGUUCGCGUACCCCUGCCCAGGCGUGGAGCAGCAGAGCCAGUGCGCGGCGGCGGGCUCGUUUCUGGGCGCCGGCGGCCUGACCCCGGCGCAGCUUCUCCAGGUGCAGUCGCGGCUCCGGUUCCUGCGCCGGCCGGCGGCAGCGGGCGGCGCCGCGCAGCCGAUGAAGCGGCAGGGCGUGCCGCAGCAGGCUCCGCUUCCCGCGCGGCCGGCGGUGUCCAAGCUGUACCGCGGCGUCCGGCAGCGGCAUUGGGGCAAGUGGGUGGCGGAGAUCCGCCUGCCGCGCAACCGCACCCGCCUCUGGCUCGGCACCUUCGACACCGCCGAGGAGGCCGCGCUCGCCUACGACGGCGCCGCGUUCCGCCUCCGCGGGGACUCCGCCAGGCUCAACUUCCCCGAGCUCAGGCGCGGCGGGCAGCACCUCGGCCCGCCGCUCCACGCCGCGGUCGACGCCAAGCUCCACGCCAUCUGCAGCGGCGCGGACGUCGGCGCGCCGCUGCCGCAGGGCCAGAGCCAGAGCCACGCCACGGCGGCGGCGACUACAGCCACCCCGAGCCCCUUCUCCUCGGUGAGCCCACACGUCAAGAGUGAGCCGGGCUGCUCCGUCUCAGAGAGCUCGUUCUCUGCAGACGGCGACGUGUCCUCCACUGGGUCUUCCGACGUGGUGCCGGAGAUGCAGCUGCUCGACUUCUCGGAAGCGCCAUGGGACGAGUCAGACAGCUUCCACCUUCGCAAGUACCCCUCCCUGGAGAUCGACUGGGACUCGAUACUGAUUUCAUAAUGCGAUGGCUCUGCUCGUCUUGUCUCCCUCGAUCAACCUGUUCUUGCUUGCUCUGUACUUCACAGAUCAAAGGAUUAAAGUGGUGCACUGUCUUGGUUUUUAGGUACUUGUUUGUUUAGGUCUCGGGUUUGAUCAUGUCUAGCAUCAACCCUGCUCUGCUUGGUUUUUUAACGGCAUUGCCAGGACACAUGUCUCACUCAUCUGUAUUGUUUUGGUGAAAUUACAUUACACUAGCAGUCUGCAUGCAAACGGUUUCAUGUAUAUAUCUUUAAAGUUUAAACUCUA